AUGAGGAUGAAGAUGACGAGGAGGACGAAGAGAGUGGUGAUGGUGAAGGUAAGCGUCUUCGGCUCUCUCUCACGUGUUCCAUUGCAAGCACAGACUGACAUAGAAUGUUUGGAUAUCUACAACGAAGGUCAAGGAAAAGCGGUCGAGGUGGAUCGACCCGUCGCGUUCCCAAUUAUUUGCGUACUACUCGCACGAUCGCGACAACUACUUCUCAAUCCCGCAUUGCACCCAGCGUCUCUCUUCGAGUUCGUGAUCGACGGAUACUCCCAAAUCAAGACCGCUCGACUCAACUACAUCCGGUUGCAUCAAGAAAACCUGCGCCUCACUACGACCCAAAGCAUCACCGACUCUGUUGCCAACGGCUUGACCCCGGAUCAGAUUGGACGUUCGGUGAUUUCGGGCUUGACGUUCAAGAAUAGACGGCGCGGGAUCAAGCAGUGUUACCAGGAUGCGAUGGCGUGCGUUGUCAAACAUUGAAGGCCUCCGCUGUUCAUCACGGUGAGGUGCGACCCCGAAUGGCCGGAAACCAAGGCUGCACUGUGGCCAGACGACAAAGCUUGCAACCAUCCGGAACUCAUUUUACGAGUGUUUGAAGCCAAGUUGAACCGACUCUGCGGCGACCUUUCGGGCACCAAGCAACGGGCAGGCUAUUUCGGCGAUGAAUGGAGAACCGUUUCUUUGCUGUACUUCGUAUUGUGUUUUUCUGCCUCUGCCGAAAUGCUGAAAUCACGUAUAUUGUUCGAUUCUUCUGCUAUUUGA